CAAGGCCAGCGUCACUUAGCUGUUCUCGCCCUCUAAUGGGAUCACUGGCCUGGGAUUAGAGCACAGACCCACAAGCCAAACACAGAGACCUGAGCCAUCCCAACAAGUCAGGAGCCUCUAACUGGGAACCUUCCACGCCAUCUUCAAGGGACUUACAGCAGCACCAACAGUUGCAAUGAAAGUUCUCAUUUCUUUUCUCCUUCUGUUGCUGCCCCUGAUGCUGAUGUCCAUGGUCUCUAGCAACCCAAAUCCAGAAGUUGCCAGAGACCACAGGGACAAUCGCCAGGCUUCUGGGAGGUGGCUCCAGGAAGGCGGCCAAGAAUGUGAGUGCAAAGACUGGUUCCUGAGAACUCCUAAAGAAAACUCAUGGGCAUUGCCCGGGGUGCCACAGAAGCAGUGUCCCUGCGAUCAUUUCAAAGGCAAUGUGAAAAAACACAGGCACCGAAGGCACCACCGGAAGCCAAACAAGCACUCCAGAGCCUGCCAGCAGUUUAUCAGACGUUGCCAGCUAGCAAGCUUUGCUCUGCCUCUGUAGGAGCUCUGAGAGCCCACUCCCCCAAUGAAAACAUUCUCAGUCAAGGAGGUAGUGAGCUCACCUACAGGAGCUCUUCUCCCACCUCAAGCCCCGCCUUCCUGUCCUCACUCCCUAAA